GGCGGGAGGCGGCGGCGCCGGCCCGGCGGCGGCCCCCUGGCUCGAGCCGCCCGUGUGAAUCAGUAGUGCAACAGGCGGUGAACCCUUCAGACCGCACUUAAUCGCGGACUGUGGGUCGGUUGGAACUUGUGCUCCGUUUAGAUUAAAUCGAACGACGGUAGAGCGCCAGCUCUGCCUGGAUUUUUGAUCUUCUCGAUCUAACCAACACAUCCAAAAUGUUCAAGAAUCACUUGGACAUGAUCGGCCGCAACGAGCCGAUCCAGAGGAAGGCCAAAUUCUGGCAAUCCUACGUCCGCUCACUUAAAGCGUCGUCGGCCGAGCGUCCACCCAAGACCGAGACCUACGGGCAGUGGCUACAGCAAUUACAUAGAACAGACGACAUGCGCGCCCCCGACCCAGUGCACUCUAGGCCACGAGGCAUCUUCCGCCCCCUGCUGUCUGAGCUGCCCGACCUGCACACCACCACCUGGCCCUACAAAUCCAUCUACGACGACCCCACCGCCGCCAACGAGCGCAUCCACGUGCCCGGCUACCGAUACGUGCCCGUCAGCCGGGAGACGUACGGCAUCAGCCCCCGCAACAUCUACCCGCCGUCCUACUACGACCGAUACAGGACCGGUCCAUCGGACGGUGUGUACAAGGGCCAGGAUGCUUGGGACGCCCAGCAGAGGCGCCUAGACGAGAUCGACGCGCUGUUCCCGGACAAGUACAUCCCCCUAUUCCAGUACAGGCCCGCCGCUAGGACACUCCGCGGCGCCAGCGCGCCCCCACGCGCCGGCAGCGUUCCCCCACUGCGCGCCCGCUCCUCCUCGCCCUUCGCAAGGAGGUCCACCAGCCCACCGCCCCCAAUCCGCUCAUGGACACCACCACCAGCGCCCUCUGAAAUUGAGCCACGAUUCACCUAUGCUGGUCAGCCCCUGUACAAUCGCGGUGGCUGGACCCGGCGGCCACUCCGUGAACUGCUCGAGCCCUCACCCUCCAUGUCCAAGUCUGCGAUCACCCGAGACCCUUGGUGGUGGGAAUACCCCGAGCUGAGGCCGUACGCCUACCCUUACCACUACAGGCCAUGGCACUCACCGUCUUACCUGCGCUCCUCCUACCUGUCCCCCAUCAAGAGCACCUACCUGUGGGACAAGCACCCCCGCAGGCCGUUCGGUUACCUCACCUACUGGUAGGCGGCGACGGGUAGUCUGAUGACCACCCACCUACCUUGGAGCGCGGGUGUGAAAGCACGAAGAGUGAGCCGCCGAUCUUGACCUGCUCCUGGAGGGCCCUGCGUCUCGUCCUCGGCCCCCUGAGCCCCAUUCCCAGCGCGGCAGCGUCCAAAUCAUUUCUGUACCGACCCCAUUUCAUUUUCGUAAAAAAAGUGAAACAGUGAAGUGUUGACUUAUUUUGUAAAGCUCGUCGUUGUUUGGACCUCGAAAGAAAAAAACGACCCGAUGGGGUAGCCAUUCAGACACCCCCUAGCCAUUCUUUGCCUUAGAGCGAAAAUAUGUAACGAUAGAAAGGGCGAAGCUGUAUGCGGUUGAUGAAUUAGUGUUUACAAGAAUACAUCGACUGAGUGUAGACAAGCCCCUCUUUCUUCUUUUGCGAGCUGCCCCCACCGCUGGGGUGCGGGGGAGGGGGAACUCUGCCCCGACACACCCGCCCGCCAAUGUACUUUACUAUUACGAACCAGCGCACAUUGCGUGCGCUGGUACCUCCGAAACUCAGACUUCAUCGCUAUCUCUUUCAUAUUUUCUUCUCUGUCCUGUCUUUCCAAAUCCAUCUUUUUCCUUUCCCAACUACUUGUGCCCCCCCCCCCCUUUUUCUUCUUUCCAUGACGCCGGACUUCAUAACCACAUUUAUUUAUUCUCUUCAUUCGACUGCAUCAUGUCCAGGAUUGACGGAAAGUGAGGUAAGCAGCGCUGCCUCCUUCAGUCCCACAUUGCCGGGACUGAGAUCGAAUCGUGGCCACGAUCAGAAUUGCGGCAGCCAGGCCAAACGUUACUGACUGAACGCAGGCCACAUAGCAAGCCAAAAACAAAUUCCAUGCACGGUUAGGAGACUUUUUUUUACUUUUUCCUGGUGGAUUUUUUGCAGUCCAAAUCAAAAAUAUAACUUCACAUAAUUCAAUUUCAUCUGUCACAACAUAAACUUUAAAAAUGUACUAUUUUUGCUUAUUCUUUGUAAUGAAGGCAUUACUUCCAAAACGGAUUUCAUUCAAACAACUAAAACUAUGGAUUCAUGAGGUAAUCGAGAACCUUUGCUCAACGUUUUCAAUCUGUACAAGCGAAAUUAUUGAAUUACAGAACUGAGAUCCACCAA